GCUACUGCUACUCUGUGAGGCGCUCAGGAACAUUGUGAGGCACUAAACGGCCUGAGUCCUCCAUAAGCAGAAUAUGACUGGGAGGGCAAGGGGAAGAAGUCGAGGGCGCGGGCGAGGUGGAGGAGAAGCAUCACGGCCUGGAGAUGGCGCUCAGCAAGUUGCACCAGUUGUUGGACGUGGGAGAUCCCGGGGUCCCCCACCCGGCCAAGUUCCACAACAGCAGCGACCAGUGGCACCUCCUAUAGAGGCCAUGGCUGGGAUGAGCAUGAAAGAACAGAGGCCUCAUGUGCAGAGUACAUCUGGUGCUCAAGAACAAAGACCGCCAUGUCUGUCAAGAGAUGUGGACGACAAUGUUAAUACCAAGCCAGCUCACCUUAUUGAUAAAAAGGGAAACACUGGAACAAGGAUAGACUUGGUGACCAACCACUUCAAACUAAGAACCACAACAAAUUUUGGAGUUUACCAGUACAAUGUGAGCUUCAAUCCGGAGGUUGAGGCAAAACGUGCUCGGAUUGCUAUACUUUCCAGCCAGCGUGAUCUUAUCGGGCCAGUGCGUGCAUUUGAUGGUAUGAUUCUUUAUUUGCCAAGACGCCUUUCAGAAAUUGAAACAAGGUGCAACGUUACCCGGCCACAAGGAGAUGUUGUCCAGAUGACCAUAACGUUUACAAAUGAAGUUGAACCAGGUUCUCCAUCUAUGCUGCAGUUAUACAAUAUAAUCUUCCGAAGGAUUCUAAAGGACAUUGGUAUGCAGCAAGUAGGGCGAAAUUAUUACAACAUUUCAAAGCCAAUUGAAAUUCCGAAGUUUGGGUUGCAACUUUGGCCUGGUUAUUCUACCUCAAUCUUGCCAUAUGAGACAGACAUUCUCUUGUCUGCAGAUGUUUCACAUAAAGUACUGAGAACUACAACUGUUUUAGAGUAUCUUUAUGAGCUAUAUGAAUGCAUGGGUCAGAGAGGGAAUUUCCACAUGGAGGCCACAAAGAAGCUUGUAGGCCAAAUUGUUCUGACAAGGUACAACAACAAGACAUACCGCAUUGAUGACAUAAAUUGGGAAAUAUUCCCAACCAACACCUUCCAUGGAAGGUUCAAGGGAGUAGAAAGAGACAUCACCUACGUGGAAUAUUACCAAGAGACUUACGACAAGGAAAUCACAGAUAUGGAACAGCCACUACUUGUUAGCCGUCUGAAGAGAGAGCCAGGACAGAAGACCAGAAUCCCCAGUGGUGAACUUCUUCUGGUACCAGAAUUGUGCUUCUUAACAGGGCUAACCGAUGAGAUGCGUAAUGAUUUCAGUAUGAUGAAGGAUCUGGCAGUUCACACCCGUGUAGAUCCUAUGGCACGCAACAAGUCCUUGAUGACGUUUAUUGACACAAUAAGCAGUAAUUCAGAUGCAUCAGCAGAAUUGUCUGGAUGGAAUUUAGAGUUUGAGAAAAGGACUCUUCAGAUGUCAGGAAGAGUUCUUCCUCCAGAAAAGAUUUUCCAGAAGAGUAAGAGUUUUUCUUAUGAUCCAAAGACUGCUGAUUGGUCAAGGGAAAUGCGAGGAAAUCCACUUCAAAGCACUGUAAAUCUGGACAGCUGGCUUCUUAUAUACAGCAGCAGGGACAGUGGAAAUGCAAAAGAUUUUGCACAAACUUUGAGCAAGGUUUGCGGUCCAAUGGGCAUCAAAGUCUCAAAAUCUGUUGAAUGCCAGCUCAAUAAUGACAGAACUGAAAGUUACCUAGAUGCCAUUAAAGGUAACUUCAGUGAUUCACUUCAGAUGGUAGUAACUAUUUUGACAACAAACCGCAAAGACCGCUACGAUGCCAUUAAGAAGUUGUGUUGCUUGGAAACCCCAGUUCCAUCCCAGGUCAUUGUUGGCCGAACCAUCUCAAAGAAGAAUAUGCUAAUGAGUGUAUGCACCAAAAUUGGCAUCCAGCUAAACUGUAAACUUGGUGGUGAAGCAUGGGCUGUCGAAAUUCCUAUGAAGAGGACUAUGGUGAUAGGAAUUGACACUUAUCAUGACAGUCUGCAGAAGGGCCGCUCUGUUGGUGGAUUUGUUGCAAGUACAAACGCUACCCUCACAAAGUAUUAUUCAAGGGUGACUUUUCAACAUACGGGAAUGGAGCUAAUUGAUGGUCUAAAGACUCUUAUGACUGCUGCUCUCAAGAAGUACAGGGAUCUGAAUGGUGGCUUGCCAGAUAGAAUCAUUGUUUAUCGUGAUGGUGUUGGUGAUGGCCAGUUGAAAACUGUUGUAAACCAUGAAGUUCCACAACUGAAAGCAUCCUUCAAGGAUCUUCCAAUAGAUUACUCACCGAAAUUUGCAGUGGUCAUAGUGAAGAAGAGGAUCAGUGCAAGAAUCUUCCACCAAACUAGUGUUGACGCUCUGAGCAAUCCACCUCCUGGCACUGUAGUUGACUCGGUUAUCACAAAGAAGCAGUGGUAUGACUUUUUCUGUGUGAGUCAGUCAGUUCGUCAAGGAACGGUGUCACCAACCCAUUACAAUGUGAUCGAAGACAGCACUGGUCUGUUGCCAGAUCACUUCCAGCGCCUCACUUACAAGCUAACACAUCUGUACUAUAACUGGCCGGGCACCGUACGCGUACCAGCUCCUUGCCAGUACGCCCACAAAUUGGCUUUCCUAGUUGGACAGUCACUCCAUAAGCCUCCCCAUAUUGAACUCGCCGAAAAACUGUUUUUCCUCUAAUGGUAGAUGUCUGCCGUGGAAAAGUGUUAAACUUCGUUUCGGUUUUCUCUGCUCUUCAUAUCACCGUUAGUCCUAAUGAAGGACAAGAUGACAGUUGUUGCGUUUUGUUGGAAAUUUGAUUGAAUACAGUUAAUAUAAACGGAGGGAAGUUAUUCAUCGGAAGUUAUUCAUUACAGCAUGGAGACACUUUUUCCUCUCUUAGGGAAGAAAAUUUAAACCCAUUUACUCCGUUACUUGAUCACUUUUUUGAUCACAUGUUUCUAUUUUCGCAGAAAUACUAUUAAAUUGUUGUUUUGAACAUUG